AUGCACUUCACGUCUCUCGCUCGGGCAGCCUUGCCCUUGCUCUUGUGUUCAAGCGAGCUCGUGGAUGGAGCCUCCACAAAAGCUCGCGUCUUAAAAUCGAUUAGAAGAUACGGCGGCCCAGGUCCCGUUGGCAAUUUCAGCAGCACUGUGUAUCAGACCGGCUUCGAUGGCGUGACCUGGGAUGAGGAGAACUGGCUUCUCACCACCACCAACCUCGAGCAGGGCCGCAUGCAAUCACGCGGUUCUGUAGCUAAUGGAUAUCUUGGAAUCAACGUUGCAAGCGUUGGCCCCUUCUUUGAAAUGGACCAAGAAGCAGACGGUGGUGAUGUGAUCAGCGGCUGGCCACUCUUCUCCCGACGCCAGUCGUUUGCAACCAUCGCUGGCUUCUUUGACUACCAGCCUAGGACCGACGAAGGUAACGCUGAUUGGCUUUGGCAGUAUGGAGGCGAAAGUGUCAUCAGUGGUAUUCCUCACUGGAGUGGACUGGUCCUGGAUCUGGGCGAUGAUACUUACUUGGAUGCGACGGUCGACAACAGCACUAUAUCCAAGUUCAGUUCGACCUAUGAUUUCAAGGCGGGUGUCUUGCUCUGGACAUAUACCUGGACACCCGCGGGCGACAAGGGCUCGUUCCAGAUCAUUUACCGACUUUUCACCAACAAAUACUACAUCAACCAAGCGGUGGUAGAUAUGCAAGUCAUCCCCUCUGCUGAUUCCAAUGGAACGAUCGUCAAUGUGAUCGAUGGCACGUCUGCGGUACGAACCGACUUUGUGAAUUCUGGCGAAGAUGAUGGUGCAAUCUUCACGGCAGUGCGACCCAACGGCAUCGCCAACGUCACUGCUUUUAUUUAUACAAAUCUCACGGGCAGUGCGAAUGUCGACCUGUCAUCUCGCCAGCUUGUAUCUGGCAAGCCUUAUGUCGGCACCAACCAAUCCUCUAUUGCCCAGUCUGUAAAUGUCAAUUUCCAGGCAGGCAAGGCAGUUCGCGUGACCAAGUACGUUGGAGCAGCAUCCACGGAUGCUUUCGCCGACCCACAGCAGGUGGCUAAGCAGGCAGUCACAUCUGCUAUGACCAAUGGAUAUAUCAGGUCUCUUCGAGCCCAUCUAUUGGAGUGGGCUAGUGUGAUGCCCGAUAACUCCGUUGAUAGCUAUGCGCUCCCCGGGAAUGGUAGUCUUCCAGCUGAUAGCCACAUCAUUGCUUCCUCGGUCAUUGCGGUUGCCAACACUUACUACCUACUUCAAAACACUGUUGGUCAGAACGCCAUCAAACAAGCGGGCGGAGCUGCCGUGAAUGUCGACAGCAUUUCCGUUGGCGGCCUGACCUCGGAUUCCUACGCGGGACUGGUGUUCUGGGAUGCUGAUGUCUGGAUGCAACCGGGUCUGACUACGUCUCACCCUGAAGCCGCGGAGCGAAUUACCAACUACCGUGCAGAGAAAUAUGCCAUGGCCCAGGAAAACAUCAAGACCAACUAUGCUGGAUCACAGAAUAAGACGCACUUUUCUUCAUCCGCGGCCAUCUAUCCAUGGACAAGUGGUCGUUUCGGCAACUGCACAUCUACCGGUCCCUGCUGGGACUAUGAAUAUCACAUCAACGGGGAUAUUGGGAUUUCCCUGAUCAACCGGUGGGUUACAACUGGUGAUACUCAGACUUUCAAAGAAAGUCAUUUCCCGAUCUACGACUCUAUUGCUACACUUUACGCAGACUUGCUGGUGCAGAACGGGUCUAAGUGGACCUUGACGAACAUGACUGAUCCUGAUGAAUACGCCAACAUGGUCGAUGCCGGUGGUUUCACAAUGCCACUGAUUGCUGAAACAUUGCAGAACACCAAUUCCUUCCGCCAGCAAUUUGGCCUUGAGGAGAACUCAACCUGGGACCAGAUGGCGGAGAAUGUGCUGGUCAUCCGUGAGAACGGAGUGACUUUAGAGUUCACGACUAUGAAUGGAAGUGCUGUGGUUAAGCAGGCUGAUGUUGUUCUCAACACUUAUCCACUUGACUACACUUCCAACUAUACCAUGCAAGAUUCGUUAGAUGACCUGGACUAUGUGAGUGUUACAGACAAGAAGUUUGAGUGGAUCAAAUUACUGACUCGUCUUAAAAAGUAUGCAAACAAGCAAUCACCUGAUGGGCCCGCCAUGACCUGGGCCAUUUUUUCGAUUGUGGCGAACGAGGUAUCGCCCUCUGGUUGCUCAGCGUACACAUACGGACAGUACUCAUACCUUCCAUACGCCCGCCCCCCUUUCUUCCAGAUGUCAGAACAACUUGUCGACAACGCGACGAUCAACGGAGGCACUCACCCUGCGUUCCCAUUCCUCACUGGACACGGUGGUGCUAACCAAGUCGGACUGUUCGGAUACCUGGGUCUUCGCCUGACCCCUGAUGAUACCCUCCACGUGGAUCCCAACUUGCCUAUGCAGAUUCCAUACUUGAGAUACCGCACUUUCUUCUGGCGCGGAUGGCCCAUCGAAGCUUGGUCUAACUACACCCACACCACAAUCAGCCGGGCCAUUGAUACACCGCCUCUCAACACCGCGGACCAACGCUUUGCCAACACCAGUAUCACCGUAAACUCUGGUAGCGAAGGCAAUAUCACCACCUACACUCUUCCCACAAUGGGCUCUAUCGUCCUUCCUAAUCGCCAGAUCUCUUCCGUGAACACAAUCACCGGGAACCUGGCGCAGUGCAGACCGGUCCAAUCAAGCGACUCCUAUGAACCAGGCCAAUUCCCGAUCUCAGUAGUAGACGGCGCCACGUCAACAAAAUGGCAACCCUCCUUGGCAGCAAACAUGAGUGCCGUGACAGUGUCGCUGGGCAAUGAGGCCGGAUCUAUGGUCACCGGAUUCUACUUCGACUGGGCUCAAGCACCCCCAGUCAACAUUACCGUGCUCUUCCACAAUCAAUCCAUCAACGACCCUGUGGUGGCCUACAAGUCAUCCAACCAGAGCUCCAGCUUCCAGGUUGUGACAUCUAUCAAUGAUGUACAGGUCUCGCUCCCAUACAACCCGGCGACUACUAAUUUGGACGCGGUCGCUAUGCCUACUAGCAACACCACGAAUGUCACGCUCUCCAGUCCUGUAUUCGCUGCCCAGUAUGCUUCACUCCUUAUUAUUGGUAACCAGGGACUUGAUGCUGCUGAUUUGGCAGCGAACAAUGGUACUGGUGCGACUGUUGCUGAAUGGGCCAUCAUUGGACAGAGUCAGGCUGGUCAGGCCAACUCAUCUCAGAGUGUACAGAAAAGGAUGAAUGCUCGUGUGGCUGCGCCUAAAGCGGAUCAAGACUCCUUCAUGAAGCUUCGUCGGCAAUUCGUGCCACGGAAUUAA